CUGGGCGAAAGCGCGAGAAGAGCUGAUUAAAAGUGCGUGUAAUAUUGUAUUUAAAAAUAUCAAUUAAAUACGAUUACACACAUAAUCAAUUCGCAAAGAGAACAUCGUACUUUAAGCGCUUCAUUCAGGGAUUCUUACACGAGCGCAAUCGUCACAAUCUAGAGCUGUUGGAGCGCUGUCUAUGCAUCGUUUGUAUCGACGACGAUGUGCUGCCAACCACGUUUAACAAUCCCAUGAAGAAGGAGGACCGAUGGAUCGGCGAUCGAGAUUACGCGAACGUGCUUCAUCACGCUCUUCACGGCGGAGGGUCCCGGCACUUGGGCGCGAAUCGUUGGUUCGACAAAACUUUCCACGCUAUUCUCGGCAAGGAUGGAAUGUGGGGAUUGACGUACGAGCAUUCCGCUGGCGAGGCACCGGCCAUCUUCAAAGCUUUCGAAGAGUUAACCGAGAAAGUGGACUCUAUGUCCCCACCGGAUGAGAAUCUAGUACCCUCACAUCUUCCGGCGCCCGAAAAGCUGGAGUGGUGCCUCACCGAGCAAAGUCUGAAUGACAUCAGAGAAGCCAUGAUGAACUUCGAUGCACUGGUCGAAGAUUUGGACCUCUGUAUUUUGUGGUUUGAAGAUUAUUCCAAAGAUUUUAUAAAAUCAUGCCGAGUUAGUCCCGACGCGUAUAUACAAUUGGCGCUCCAGCUGACGUAUUUCAGACUCUAUGGAAAAUUAGUGGCCACUUACGAGAGCGCUGGUAUCCGGAGGUUCGCGUUGGGUCGAGUAGACUGCAUCCGGGCAGCCAGUCCGGAAGCCCUAGCGUGGGCAAAGGCCAUGUGCCAGGGUGAUCCUCGCAGUCAAACGAGUCAGCCCAACAACGCCGUAGACGGGAGCCCCAAAAGAGUUCAGUUCACCAUUUACAGUUGCUACGAAAAGUUUCUCAGUGGUUGGUCACAUUGUCCAUUUGCAUUGCCAAAUGGAUCCACCUAUGAAAAGACGGAAAGGAUCAAGGAGCUGUUUGACUUGGCGGUGCAGAGGCAAACCAAGGAAAUGAACGACAACAUAUACGGCCAGGGUAUCGACAACCACUUGAUGGGGCUGCGUUACGCGGCGAAGGAGGCCGGCGAGCCGAUGCCGGACGUCUUCACGGACGAGGCUUACGCAAUCGUUAAUCAUUUCGCUCUCUCAACAUCACAGGUGACCACGAAAAACGACGUGAUCGUCGGAUACGGGCCGGUAGUGCCAGACGGUUACGGAUGCGCCUACAACGUAAGGAAAAACGGCUUCAUCUUCUCGGUCUCGGCCUUCCACAGCGACGGCCAGACCAGCGCAAUGCAAUUCGCGCAAACGCUGGAACAGAGUCUACGGAAUAUGGCGGCUAUGAUAAAGAAUUCUAAGAAGUGAUAAACGUGACAAACACAUUUACGUAGAGCCGCACACAGUCUCUCCCGUUCAUUUUGACGGGAUUGCAAAGAUGAGAUAGAAGAGGGCGAGCUUUUCGCAAAUCAGGCACGAGGGUGGUUCGAAAUGCUAAUCGAACCCACAAAACGCACGUUGGAUGACAUUGAAGCCGUUCGAUUCACGUUCAUUCUUGGUGUGUUUUGACACACGCUGUCUCAAAGAAGACUUUACAAACGUAUAACAAAAACGGCAUCUUUUUCUUAUUUUCGUCGUAUCAUAUCGUCUUCAUUGUCAGACUUCAAAGUUGAAAAAAAGGCAAUUAUUUUGCAUAGAUUUCGGUAAAUUAUCUGAAUUUAAUUUUUCAAUGUGAAGGAAACGGAAGCACAACUUUUAAAGCAUUUUUGCACGGGGGGAAAGUAUUUGUCGAAUAGAUUUAAGAAAUGCGAACGUAAGUGUAACGCAAAGAAAUUUAGGAACUCGUUCCCGCACAAUUCGUUAGACAUAUCGCUGGUUUGAUAUAAUCUUUAGAGAAUAUAUAGAAGAAAAAUGUAGCGAUAAAGGAAUGAGCAUCGAAGCACGCAAAUUCAUUGAAAGCUGUCGUAAUCCUUAAGGUAUUCUUCGAUACAUGUGGUCUAAUAGAAGAGAUCUCUCUCUUGUCUGUUUUUUAGAGGAGAUUGCAUACAAAAUACACAAACACACGUGCGUGAACAUAAUUUCGCAUUAUUAGCGAAUUAAAGAUUUUUCAGCGGUAGCCGUCGUAUAGACGAGUAUGUUGUAGAUCGUUUUAAAACUCUAGUCCGCUCAAGGAGAGAAGAGUAAAGUUUCUUCGAGUGUUAUGCCCGAGCGCUGGAAAAAAAAUCGCUCUAACACACCCUCUUCUGACACGUUUCGUACUUUCUUAGAAAGCUUAUAUAGUUUUAAGAAUACGUCGUUUCCUCGAUACUCGUCAAUCGACUUGUUGAGUGCAAGAAUUUCCUCCUCGAGUGUCGAGAAAAUAUUGUUCCUAUAUCUUAAAGUACGAAAAAAAAAAAGAUAUUGCAUUUUUAAUCUUUUUUCGUCGCAACAAAGUCGACUCUGCAAAGAAGAACUGUUCAAGCCAUCUGAGAGUAAAACUAUCCGCAUUAUACCUCGUUUUAUAAUAUAACGAUUCGCUUUUCUCGUGUAGUCGUCGUAAAAUCUCUCGUAAAGUCGUCGCAUCAUUCUCGUCCUUUGCUUUCUUUUAAUUUGAUCGAAUAACCAAGUUAUUUUUUUUUUUUUAGGGAUAUGAUCAAAUUUGCAAGAUUUCGACGGUUGACUUUAUACGAUUAUCGCAGACGUAGCUUUCCAGCGCGCGGGGCUCGUUUACCGCAGGCAGGAACACUCUAAAUGUGGCCAAUCUCAUUGUACGUUGGCGCCCGCACAGUAAACUCUUGUCCAAUUCUUAGGUAGGUCGGCGGAUCGCGCCACUCGAGAUUAUCAAGAGACAGGCUCAACCGUCGACGGUAUAGCUCUAUCUGUUGUUUCUAUCGCGCUAUUCUUCUACUUCCUACGAUUUACAAUUUAGAUAGCCGAUUCCCGUACUUUAUCAGAGAUUGAGAUCGAUGAUAUUGUAAUUAAUUAUAUGUACAACAAUUAAAAUUCAAUGAUAAUUGCAUGUGUAAUUAAACUAUUGAUAUAAUAGUUGUAUAUAUAAUUCUUUGAGAUUAUAUUAAAGUUAUAUAUAUUGAGAGAAAGAUGAGAUAAUCUGUCUUUUGUUGAGAUUUCAGAUUUUGCUGCUAAUAUGCGAAGGUGAUCUCAUUGAAAUAUGACCGAUCUCAAACCUUGAUAUUAAUACGUGCUGAUCUCACGAAUUAGAGGAGAUAGAUCUCUCCAAUUCUGCAAUUUAGACAAAUUUAUCGCUUGAUGCGAUUCCUAUGUUGAUAUUAUUACUGCUCGUAUUAGGCCGUGUUGAUGUGAUGAUGGUUUAUGGAAUAUGUAUUAUUGUUGAUUCCAAUGGGAAUUUCUAAUGAAAAGAGGACCAAAUGAAAGCGAAAAAACAAAUUAAAUAUCCAAAUUCGAGCCAUCAUCAUAAUAAUUUUCUUAAUAAUUAGCAAUCAAAUAAAAAAAAUGGCAAAUUAAAUUUUAGCAAAAAAAUACAAUUCUUAGAUAAUUUUGAAGAAACUGUAACAAAAAUUUAGUUUGUGAGUCAUAAAAAUAUAUAAUAUACACAUAUAUAUAUAUAUACAGUUAAAAAGUAAUAAGUUGCAAUAAUAUAAAUAUAAAUAAUCUCUUUCAAUAUUUUUUGUAGAAGAAAAUUAAUUUGAGAUCAGCUAAAGAAUCUGCAAUUAAAAAUUAAUAAAUUGAUAGAUAGCCAAUCUAUGAUAUAAAAAAUGUUGGCUUUUUAUAAAAAUCUAUUACAUAUCUAAGAUAUAUAUCAGAUAAUAUACAUAAAAUUCUUUUUGUAUAAAAACAACUCUUUCAUUGAUAAUCCCAUUUUUCUCGACAAUAAUGCACUUGAAUUAUCUCACUAGAUAGAAGUAAAAAAAAAUUACGCAUUUCUUCGGCUCUAUGAUUUAGAUAAUUUAGAUAAUUUAGACAAUUUGUUGCGCUCACCCUGUCCUCUCGUACUGGGGUGUUAAUGUUAUCAGUAGUAUCACGUGAUUGUUCCAGUCGUAAUGGCAAUUCAGAAUAAUUAUCGAAAAGAAUCGUCUCGUCACGGAUUAUAAGAUAAAAUGCUUAAGUAUUGCAUUUAAUUAGUUUCUUAAUUCUAGUCGAUCAAAAUAUAAUUCUAGUUAAUUGUUAAAGAGAAUGAGAGAAAAUCGAUUCCACGGAAAAGACUUGGAACGAGAAAAAUUUUUUACCAUCAGAAUUGUGCAAGAAAAAAAACAACUACAUUAUAUCGUAUCAUGUGAUGUGUCAUCAUAACUGAUACUUCAUGCAUUUCUGAUAGUAAAGAAAUUCUUAAUAUUCUUGAUAUUUCAAAUCUUCAUUUUCUCCAUUCUUAUUUGUAUAUUAUCAUCGUUAAAUAUGAUAGAUCUGUUGACGUUAUUUUAUGAUAAUGUGUUAAAAUCUUGUUUUUUAGAUUUGUGCAUUAAUGUUUUGUUAAUUUUUUUAAAGAAGAAAGUGGAUCACCUUGCUCUUUCAAUUAGAAAUUUCAAUAUUUUUGUCCGGCCUUAAAGUCAACCCUGAAAAUAUUCCAUUUCGCGUUAUUCCGUCUCUCCUCAACUUUUUCUACGUUAUUAUUGCUCGACUGAUUCGUCAGUAUUAUAAAUCACGUCUUCGAAUUUUACGAAAAUUAAUCGCAUGAGAAAAAGGAGUCGGGACAUUUAUCAUUCGCGAGAUGUACGAGAGAGCACGGUGCUUCUUCGUUAUUGUUAGAAAAACGGUGAAAAGAACAAAAUAUAUAUAUAUAUAUAAUGUGUGUGUACAUUAUAUAACACGUGCGUUCGAAAGUAUGUACAUGUUCUCACGUAUGCAGGGUACAGCCGCAAUAUAUGCAAUAUAUAUUGAAAAUAUUUUCGGAGCGAAUCGCAUCGAUAUUUGAAAAAAGUGUUUCAAUGUUUAAUUAUAAAGUUUAUUAUGUAUAUAUAUAUAUAUAUAUAUAUAUAUAUAUAUUUAUAUAUAUUUCCGGUGCGACUUGUUCCUAAAAUGUAUUUCCUCUCUUCCUCCCUCCUCCUCCCACUUGUUUCAGUUGCACCCUGUAUACGUACGAUACAAAUGCAAAUGUUCUCUAUAUUAGAUAUAAGGGAAAAACACAAAUCCUAUAUACACUACUAUUAUUAGCUUAAGGCCAAAAAAUACGAUUAGAGAUACUUUACUUAUACAUAUCGCGAGAAACUAUUGUGAUCGCACUUUUGCGGCCAAGAAUAUCAUACGCAUAUCAGGCGAAAGCCAACGUAGCGAACGAUCUUAUUUCGGGAUAAGAUAUAUCCUGAUAAAUUGAUAGAAACGCUUACGGAUGUAAUUAUAAAUAUAUAAUCUGAGAGUUCUCUAAAUAUAGUAGAUUAAAAUAUAUAUCAGUAUGUUAAAUUAUUCGUUGUUUUUGGAGUGAUCUCGCAUUGCGUGAACCGUGAUACAAAACGAUAAUCUAUAAUUCUUUCCGCGGUAUAAGUACUGCCAUGUUUAAUUCUGAAAUGAAAAAUAAUUGCCAAUAAACAUUGAUAUUAAUUUAAAUAAAUAUUAAAAAUACAGGUUUAAUGUUAAAUAAAAAGAUAAAUACAAAAGAAAUGUUUCUGAAAUAAUUGGCAAAAGUAAUGAAUAUCGAAAAAAUAACAGAUAUCUGAAACUACUGCAAAAGUUCUUAUAUAAUUAACAUUAAAAAAUAUUUCUCAUAGUUCCAAAGAUCUAUAAAUAAUCGGUGUAUCUAUAGUUAAGCGUGAUGGAAAUAUUAUUUCUAUAAACACGUUGAUUAUUAGAAAAUAUACACUUUAACAUAUGCGUUAAGACUGUUAAUGUUAACGUCACGUUAGAUGAUAAAGCGUGAUAAGAAUGAAAGUAUAUGAAUAUAUAAUAAUAGCAUAUCUGUGAAAGUAGUAUUAAUAGUAUAAGAUGUAGGAUUCAUUUUAUGGAAUUAUGAGAAGUGAAUAAAAUAACUUUAUAAGAGCAAUUAUAAUAUGCUCUUUUAAAAUAUUAGCUAGAAAUAUAAAAUAUAAAAACUAUAAGUAUCAAGGUUCACGUAUGCGAUUUUUUAUGUGCGAAGGUCGCUUUCAUUGUUGUUAAAUUGUUCAUAAAAAAAUAAGUGUAUAUAUAUAUAUAUAUAUAUAUAUAUAUAUAUAUAUAUACUAAUUUUUAUUGUAUAUUUACUGAGCUUUUUCAAUUCUUCGAUCAGUGCUUGAAUUUUUGCAAGACUACGAAGUAUAGAUGCUAUUCGAUGCGAGAAUUGUAGAGGCACAUGUGAGAAUAAUGUUAUACCUAGCAUAAUAAAAGCUACUAUAGGUAAUCGCUUAAAUCAGUUUUUAAAGAUCUUAAUUUGUAUCAUUCUUAUCUUCAAUUUCUCAUGUAUAUAUAUUUAUCAUGUAUAAUAUAUUUUACUUCUAAUUCUCUUAUCCUGAUUCGUCUUAUGUAUGUUGCAAUCUUGCUUUCAAUUCUUUAUAUAUUAAAUAUCGCAAAAAAAUAAUAUUCAUGUAUUAUGUAAUAACUGUGUUAAGUAUGUAAAAUACCAUAAAAUUGUCAAAUAUCAUAAAAAUGUUAAUUAUUUUGUGUUAAAUUGAACAAUCUCUUCUUUAAUAUUUCUACAAGAAAUUGUUAACUUUAUUAAAAAUGUUUGCUCUGUUAUAUUCCGUAGUAUCAUCAUGAAUAUCAUCGCGAUAUAUAUCAUAUAUUGCAACAUUGACUCUGCGAUCCCCAAACUCUCUGCAUAUAUGUAUAUAUAAUAUAUCUAAUUUAUAUCUCAUCUUUUUAUAUACAUUUUCAGAGAGUUCAUCAUAUGAUAAAUGCAAAAAAAAAAAUUAAUUCUUGUCGUAACUGGAUAUAGGUAUAAUAUAAUACAUACAAAAAAUAAAAAAUAAGAUCUGAUACACCAUAAAUACUGAAAAAUUAAAACAAACUAUGAUUUCUAGAUAUAUUUUUGACGCCAUAUAUUAUAAAUAAUUCAUACACAACCCAAUAGUUUAUAUAAAAGAAACUCUGAUGCAAACAUAUUCAAUUUGAUAUUAUAAUCUAAUAUUUUAAAUAAUUCAUAUACGAUUUUUUUGCACAGAGUUUGCACACAAGCUAUUGGGUAAUUUAUGAUUGAUUUUAAUCCUUAAGUGAACAAUUUAGUUCUUUUUAUUUUUUGCAAUUGAAAGAGAUUAUUCAAUCCUUUUGGCUGAAUUUACCUAUUUAGCUAAUAUAUAUUUAAUACAUUUUAUAGAUUUUUGUUAAAUAUGUACAUUAAAUAUAUGUAAUUAUAUAUAUGAAAUGUACAAUCAAAAUUUGGUCCUUUUCUUAAAGAUAAAGAGAUUGUUCAGAUAUAAAGAUUAAAAAUCAUGGCGUAAAUUAUAUACCUUUGUGCGUAAAACGUUCGAUAGAUAAACGAAUAAGUACACUCGGCUUUCCGUUUGCGCGGAAAGUAUACACAGCAUACCUCCGUUAAGUAAUUGAUCCACAUCAAAGUAUGUUGUAUCAUCACGUGUGUACACGUUUCCUUGUGCAUAAAAAUAAACUCCAUUAAAAUAACA